AUGAAGAAAGAAUCCAGCAUUACCGUGCUCGAGAAGCCGGUCGACAAGAACGACGAUGAUGCUCUUCUCGAGAGUCUCGGGUACAAGCAGGAGUUCAAGCGUGAAUUCACCCCUUGGGAGCUCUUUGGGGUCCUUUUCAGUGUGCUAGGUCCGGUGCCGUCAUUUGCGUCUGUGCUUGUGUAUGCGAUCCCAAACGGUGGACCCGUCGCGAUGGUCUGGGGUUGGGCUAUCUGUGCAUUCUUCCUUGUCAUAAUUGCACUAGCGAUGGCGGACCUAGCAUCUGCAGCCCCUACCUCAGGCGGGCUGUACUACUGGACAUACUCGCUCUCAUCCCCUCGGUGGCGGUAUCUUCUGUGUUGGAUUGGUACGUCGAAUGCCAACACCAUGGCGCUCACAGGGUCCGUGGCAUCCGUCGGCUGGGGGUGCGCAGUCCAGAUUAUGGCUGCUGUAAGCAUCGGGUACGAUGAGACUUUCAUUCCAACAAACGGCCAGACGUAUGGCGUUUAUUGUGCUAUCCUCGUAGUCAGCGGUAUCUUGUGUAGCACUGCGACAAAGUACAUUGCCCGAGUCCAGUCCCUUUAUAUAGUUUUGAACAUAUCAUGCUUCAUUGCCAUCAUCAUAGCUCUUCCAGUCGCAACCCCUGAGGAGUUCCAAAACCCAGCGAGUUUCGCGCUGGGAAACUUCCAAAAUCUGUCCACUUGGCAUCCCGGGUUCGCCUUUGUCCUCAGCUUCAUCGCCCCGCUAUGGGCCGUAGGCGCGUUCGAUUCGCCCGUCCACAUCAGCGAAGAAGCCUCAAACGCCAGCACUGCGGUCCCAUGGGCCAUCAUACUGGGUGCAUCCAUACCUGCCAUACUCGGCUGGGCUUUAAACGUAGUCGUUGCGUUUUGCAUGGGGACUGACCUCGAGAGCAUACUCGGGAGCGGCGUUGGACAGCCUCUCGCUGUCAUCUUCCUGAACAGUCUAGGCAAAAGCGGCGCUCUCGCUCUAUGGUCUGUCGUGAUCAUCUUGCAGUUUAUGAUGGGCACGAGCAUCCUCACAGUCGCCUCCCGCCAGAGUUUCGCCUUCUCGCGAGACGGCGCACUCCCUUUUUCCCGAUUCCUGUAUCGCAUCCACCCUUCUACGCAGACACCAGUCAACUGCGUCUGGUUCGUCGCCUUUCUCGCCGCGCUCCUGUGCCUGCUCUCCUUCGCGGGCGCGGCGGCCGUCGGCGCGGUGUUCACGCUAAAUGCGGCGGCAUCGUACGUGGCGUACUGUAUUCCUAUCACUGCUCGCUACGUGUUCGAGAACGACUUCAAGCCGGGGCCGUUCUCGCUCGGGCGGUGGGGGUUCCCGGUGGCCGCGACCGCCGUCGCCUGGAUGACAUUCUCCAUCAUAGUUUUCAUGUUCCCCACCAACCCGGACCCGGGUCCGCUCGACGUAAAUUACACCCCCGUAAUGCUCGGUGCCCUUAUCCUCGGCGCGCUGGGAUACUACUAUGUCCCUGUUUACGGAGGUAAGCGCUGGUUCCGCGGCCCGGUCGUGACGCUGCCGAUGUCGGACGGUGAUGCGCGGAGCAAAUCCGGUGAGGGAGAGGGAGAGGAGAAAGAAGCAUAA